AUGCAUCCCUAUGGCCGUAGCCUCCUUGAAUUUCUUCUACGGUGGGUUGAAAGGCGGGGAAGCAGAGCUCCAAAAGCUGCUAAUAGAUUCAGCGAAAAGAGAAACACCCUCAGAUCGCGAGGCAGUUAUGUCAAAGAAUCACUUCAAUACAAAGGCGCAGGGAUUUGGUGGCUAUAUAUACCCAGAUCCAAGACAGACCAGUUUAAGAAAGGGGAAACAGUGGCCUUCAAAGUGGUGGAUACAUAUAAAAUUCUCUGGGAUAAAUUCUUCGAACAGUUCAUUCAGGGAUCAGGAGAAGAAUUCCUUUUCUCUUCCUGCCCGGGACUCCCCUCUUCCACAGAUGCGUUGAGAAAGCACAUGAACGACAUUUUUCGUUCUGCAGGACUGCAUCACAAGGGUUUAACCCCGCAUUCCCUACGGGGAGGGGCAGCGACUGCGGCAUUGAGGAGAGGCGUUAGCCAAGACGAUAUCAAAAGAGUGGGCCGUUGGAAGUCUACUUCCUCGAUGCUCCAUUACAUAGAGCCGACACCGAUCUAG